AUGAAAGAUUUGUGGUCUGAGUUACGCGAUCCUGUUGAUAUCUACGUUUCCUUAAUUCCACUUUUUUGGGUAACGUUUAUGUCGGGAAUUUCACCUUUGGUAUUGGGUGGACGAAGGGGCCAUAGAGUGUUGACUUCCAGUUUCAUCGGAUGCCUUAAUACAUUUAUCUAUAUCAUUGCAAUGGUUUUUUGUUGGUACUGGACUUACUACGUAAAUCCCACGCAUGUUUCCAGGGAUGUUGUGACAGAAGUUGGUCAUAUAAUGGAACAAUUAUCAGCUGCAAUAGUGACUCUUGUGAUUUAUCUAUUUUCGUUUUAUCACCGGCAUACAAUCAUCGCCAUUGUGAAAACGUUGGCCGACAUUGAUGUCCAGUUAUUGGCGCUUGGUGUUAGGGUUAAAUAUAAGAAAAUGUUGUACUAUUCGUGCGUGAAUUUUAGUGCACUUAUCCUUUUCAUAGUUCUAUAUCACAUCGCUUGUGUAGUGUUGGUGGAAAUUAAUGGCGUAAGGGUGGACGCUCCUUGCUACAUUUUCCAUUUGACUCAAAAUUCAAUUUUAUUGAUAAUUGUGUACAUGUUUGCUUGCUUCACAAGGUUAAUAAGUGAUCGGUUUAUCGUUCUGAAUAAGGUUGGUAUUUACAAUCUUUGUGUAAAUUAUAUUAAAGUAAAAAUAUUUGAUGCUAAAUACCUACUCUACGAAAGGUAA